GAAAGUCACAGAACAUUAGCUUUGUUUUUGCUAAAUUGCUACAACAAGGAAGUGAAAGCAAUCGCUCGACACGAAGACUGUUGCUAUAAUGAAAUAAUUUGUUUCAUAUAACUAUAACAUUGGGAAUGGUGAUCUAAACUUUACUACAAAAUGCAGAGUGAAUCCUCAUCUCUGCAUUGUCAUUUGGUCCUUCUUGGACAGGUUGGAGCUGGAAAAAGUGCCACCGGAAAUACCAUAUUGGGAGAGAGAACUUUUCAUUCAAAGAAAAGUUUAAAGGCAGUAACACAAGAUGUUCAGCGUGGAACAGUGACCAUUAAUGGACUCAGUAUAGAUGUUUAUGACACACCUGGGUUUUUAGGUCCUGGGGUUCAGAGUGAAGAUAUUGAGAGCAAAUGCCAGACUCUUCUUCACUUGGAUGAUUCAGUCCCCACUGUGUUUCUAUUGGUGAUUGACACCGAUAGAUUUGCAGAACAAGAGAAGAAAGCUGCUAAUUUAAUUUUACAAUUUUUAGGGGUCAACAAUAUGCCAAACACCUGGAUUAUCUUCACUAAAGGAGAUGAGCUGCAGAGCAAUGAAGUCACCAUUGACCAGUACAAGGAAGAAUCAGAAGAUCUUAAAGAGCUGAUGCAGAAAGUUAACAACCAGUAUCAGGUUUUCAACAACAAAUGUGAUCCAAGCAAUAGAGAGCAAGCUGAAGAACUAAUUGGUCAAAUAAUGAGUACCAAUAUUAGUAUUUCUCAAAACCAGCUAAGCCACACAUCACAGCUUGAAAACCAGAACCAGGGGGCAGAGCUCCUACCAAACAGAGAUCAGAACCGCCCCUGUCACACUACAGUUACAGGGCCCACGUCCUCAGACAAAAACAACAGUCUCGCUCCUCGUAAGAUAUUACUUCUGGGUAAGACUGGUGUUGGGAAAAGUGCAACAGGAAACACCAUCCUGCGAAAGGAAGUAUUCAGGUCUGAAAAAGAUGUGAAUGCUGUAACUAUAGAAAGUUGUUUGAAAUGCUCAAACAUAGAUAGGAGGAAGGUGUCUGUGAUUGACACACCUGGGUUUUUUGACUCAAAACUUGACAAGGAACAAUUAGCUAAAGAGUUUGCGAGGAGUUUGCAUCUCUCCGAAGGAGCACUUCAUGCUUUCCUUUUAAUCUUUGAGUAUAAUCGUUUCACAGAGCAGGAGGAAGACAUGUUGAGGCGUGUGGAGAAGGUUUUUGGGAAAGAUGUGACAAAGCACAUUAUCAUUGUCUUCACCCAUGGGGAUGAAUGUGAUCGUAAAAAAUUAAAAUCAGGUAUAGAAAAGAACAAAUUACUGUCUGGUGUAAUAAACAAAUGUGGGGGCAGAUAUCAUGUAAUUAACAACAGAGAUAGGAAUAACAGAGCACAAGUCAGUGAAUUACUGCAGAUGAUUGACAUAAUGAUAAAAUCAAAUGAAGGAAGAUGCUACACCAAUGAGAUGAUGAAAAUUGCAAAUAUGGGUACAUUUGAAUAUGUGUUACACAAAUUCAAGGAGAUUUUCAUGUGGUUAAUACAAAUUUUAUCAAGUUCCAGUAAUGAAUACACAGAGGUGCCUAAUUCUGCUCCUGCAGGGCUAAAGGCCUUCAUGGUUUAGCUCCAGCUCAUGCCUGCUGAAGACUUGCUGUUAAUAGUCAAGUGGGGUCCCACUGCUCUUGGACUUCAUGCAUUAUGUUUUAAUGUAUAAGUAUAAUGUUUUUGUUCUUCUGUUUUAUUGCAACCAUGAUUUGUAAAUAUUGUUUAUAGUUUGCAAUAAAAGUUAUUAAUCAACAUUUAACAAGACCCAAAGUUAUUAAUCAACAUUUAUCUUUCUAAAUAUUAAAUUAUUUGAAUGAGUUCUUCAACAUGUUAAAACAUUUAUUUUCCUUCUCAUCUUCAAACACUAGAGAAUAAUGAUGAAUAUUGUCUGUACCUCUCACUGAGAGAAAAGCACAUGUUAUCAUUAUGUUUUGGGAAUCUUUCCUGUUUAUUGUUGGAGCCUGGGCCAAAGUUGUGAAUCAUGUGUAUCUGUGUAUGUGCGUUAGUGUUCUGUGUGUAGGUCCUGUAUUGGUAUCAAUGGACAGAUGGCACUCUGCUUGAGACCAGCAGACGCCUUUUUAAUGACUUAACAGGACAUCCUGUGCCUAAAUUCAGGGUAUGAGCAUCAGCAUCAUGAUGGACUGACUAUCUGUCCAUGUGUGGAAGAUUACUAAUUUUGUUUAUUUUUUUCUUAGCCAAUCAGAAUCAUUUAACCUGAUGUAAUGAUGUAGUUAGUUUACUCUGUUAGAGUAUAAUUAUUGUGGAAAUGUGAAUGUACGCGGAGCGUACAAACUCCUUGUGAGACCUGAAGCUGACUUCUGCUGAUGAAACUGCAAACUAAUCUUCAUUAAAAUGUUCUUCAAUUUAAUUGUUUAAA